GGAGCGCCCCUCCCUGCCCGCCGCCUGCCUCCCGGCCCGCCGCCCUCCUCCUCCCCCUCCUCCUCCUCCUCCUCCUCCUCCUCCAGCGAGGGCGGGCGGAGGGAGGGAAGCGGCAGCCCCGAGCGGGAGGCGAGGGAGGCGGCGCGCCGGGAGCCAUGCGGGAGUACAAGGUGGUGGUGCUGGGCUCGGGCGGCGUGGGCAAGUCCGCCCUCACCGUCCAGUUCGUGACCGGCUCGUUCAUCGAGAAGUACGACCCCACCAUCGAGGACUUCUACCGCAAGGAGAUCGAGGUGGACUCCUCGCCGUCGGUGCUGGAGAUCCUGGACACGGCGGGCACCGAGCAGUUCGCCUCCAUGCGGGACCUCUACAUCAAGAACGGGCAGGGCUUCAUCCUGGUCUACAGCCUGGUCAACCAGCAGAGCUUCCAGGACAUCAAGCCCAUGCGGGACCAGAUCAUCCGCGUCAAGAGGUACGAGCGGGUGCCCAUGAUCCUGGUGGGCAACAAGGUGGACCUGGAGGGCGAGCGGGAGGUCUCCUUCGGGGAAGGCAAGGCGCUGGCCGAGGAGUGGAGCUGCCCCUUCAUGGAGACCUCGGCCAAAAACAAAGCCUCGGUGGACGAGCUCUUCGCCGAGAUCGUCAGGCAGAUGAACUACGCCUCGCAGCCCAACGGGGACGAGCAGUGCUGCGCCGCCUGCGCCAUCCUCUGAGAGCGGCCGGCGGCCGGGGCUGCGGGAACAAAGGUCCGCGGCGGCCGGCACCGAGAGCACCGGGACCGAGCACCGGGUACCGGCGCCGGGCAUCGCCGCCGGGCACCGGCACCGCCACCGGCACCGGCACCGCCACGGGCACCGGCACCGGCACGGCCGGGGGGCGGGCGCGGCGCCCCGGGCAUCCGCGGGGGGGGAAGAAAAAAAAAAAAAAAAGAAAAAAAAAAAGAAAAAAAAUCGCGUUGGAAACGUGGCUUUUCUCAGCAUGUACGUUCAUCGAGUCUCGACCGUCGCGUGUUCCCUUGGUGUCUGCCGCAGACGGCUGUGGGCAGCGGGCACGGGAGGAGGCCGGGCCCGGCCCGGCGCCGCGGAUCUAUGCAAAGCGGGCAUUGCACAUCGGAGCGGGACUGGCAGCGCUGCUGCCGCCAGCGUGGGGUGCCGGAAAGCGUCUGCUGAUCACUUGUGAAAUAAUUUUCUAUUUUGUUUACCUGCUGUAUCAGAUGGGAGUUUGCAGAGAGUGGUAGCGUGUUGGUUUUUUCCUGUUUUUUUUUUUUUUUUUAAUCAGCUGUGAAAAUGUUACAAAUCUGCACAAUUUUUUAGGUGUGCGUGUGUGUGUGAUUUCGUUUUUAUUUUAUCCUUUGGCGGGUGGGAGCGGCGGUGUUUUGGUUUAUAGGGUUUUUCUUUUUGGGUUGGCAAUAACUGAUUUUGAUGACUAGCUCUCUAAAAAGUGCAAAGACUUCCUAAAUGCGAUACAGGGCCAAGAGCAGCCCUGUGUCUGUAGAGUGCCUUCAAAACUCAGCUGUUCCAGCCGGUGCCAACCUGUGAAAGCUCCACAGAAUCCCAUUAUCUACUACUCCAAAAACUACUUAACAGUUUCCUUUCAGUAAUCAUACUGAACAAGCCAGGACAAAAGGGCCUAUUGUUAGUGGAAUUUAUUUCUUAUUUCCAUCUGAGCCUUUUAACUGUAAUUUCCAUGUCUUGCAAGUUCGGGCUUCAUUUACUUCAAAUUUGCGAGAAUUUAGCCUUUUGGGAUUUUGGGGGUGGGCUUUUUUGUUCUUUCUGUUUUUAUUUUAUUUUUUGUGUGGGAUGUACCUCCAGCCAGCAAAGAAAGAAACCUUAACGUUGUGAUGUACCAAGAAAAUUCUAACAACUGUCAUUUUGAUUCCAGACAUGCGUUUAAAAGAUGUCUAUCCAUUUUCAGAAUUUUAAUACAAAUGCUGUUUUUUAGAAAA